UUGUGUAACGCGAUCGUGUGAUACCGUGGAUCCAGGAUCCAGGAUGGACCUCCGGGACGAAGCCCUCCUCCUCCUCCUCCUCCCCGGCGCGGGGGAGGAGGAAGGAGGGGGGAGGGCCCCGUGGCCGCCCCCCGCCCCCCUCAAAGUUCCGAGUCGGGGGCUGGAGCGUCUCCGGCCCGCUUGGCUCGGUCGGCGGCAGACAUGCAUCCCCUGGGCAGGUCGUGGCUGCUCCUCGGCGCCUUGGUCCUCUUCUACGUCGUCUACCUCCUGUUCGGCGGCCUGGUCUUCUCCAGCCUCGAGCGGCCCGUGGAGGAGCGGCUCCGCCGUCACGCGGACGCCCUCAAGCGGGGCUUCCUGGUCAACCAGAGCUGCGUGUCGGCCGCCGCCCUGGAGCUCUUCGUGGGCCAGGUGCUGGCCGCCAACCGGUACGGCGUGGCGGCCCUCCGGAACGCCUCCGCCGACCCGUCCAACUGGGACCUGACCUCGGCCAUGUUCUUCGCCAACACGCUGGUCACCACCGUGGGUUACGGUCAUACGACGCCGCUGUCGGACGCGGGCAAGGCCUUCUCCAUCGUGUACGCGCUGCUGGGCGUGCCCUUCACCAUGCUGGUCCUGACGGCGUGCGUGCAGCGGCUGAUGUACCCGCUGGUGGCGGCGCCCCUGGGCCGGCUGCAGCGCGCCGGCCUGGAGGCCCGCCCGGCGGCCGGCGUGCACUUCCUGGCGCUGCUGGCGCUGGUGCUGCUGUGUCUGUUCGCGGCUCCGGCGGCCGUGUUCAGCGCGGCGGAGGACGGCUGGUCCUUCCUGGACGGCUUCUACUUCUGCUUCGUCUCGCUGUGCACCAUCGGCCUGGGAGACUUUGUGCCCGCCGCCCGGCCUCAGCAGAAGUUCAGAGAGGUCUACCAGGUCGCCGUCAUGGCGUACCUGUUCGCGGGCCUGAUGAUGAUGUACCUGCUCCUGCGUACCUUCCACAAGAUGGCCGACCUGCACGGCCUGACCGCCUUCCUGCAGCUGCCGCGCUGCGAGGAGUCCGAGCCGGACGAGGACCGCGAGCCCAUCGUGGAGAACGGGCACGGCGCCGCCCGCAAGCGGCCCUCGUACGCCGCGAUCGGCGAGCGGUGACACGGGAACGCACGCUCUCACUAGGAACUUUAUAUAAAAAAAAAAAAAAAAAACACAAACGCACGACUGAGUGGGAAAUGGACUUUUUGGGGAAGGAUUUGAGGUUUACAGUUUUUGGGUUGAACUUCCAGAGGAAGCCUCAGGAAUGCUAAAGUGUUUUUCAUGUUUUGUUUCCGGCACAGCUCACUGCUCCUCCUCCUGUGCUUUGAAUUAUUGACAUCGAGAAAAAUGGUAACGUUUUCUCGAUGGUGAUUUCGGGCCAAAUAUUUCCCAUAGCAACACUUGAGAUGCACUUUAAUGCUCACAUUUUAACGAAGAUGCUGCGCAAGAACUUCUUGUAUUGGACGGAAUGCAGAUUGUUUGUUCAAGUAAUAAAGAUGUUGAAUUAAAUGUU